AUGACGCCUCUUGUAAAGUUUUACUCCGUUGGACUUGUAUCUGCGGGUGGUGUGGUGAAGAACGUUUUAACACCUGUUGCUGGAGAAAAUCCGUGUUUUAGUCUAACUGAAGGGUCCCCCUGUAUUUUGAAGUUCAAAUUCUAUGUUCGCCAUAAUCUUGUCUUCGACCUCAACUAUACAAAUACCUUUUUGAUUGGUGGAGUAAAAGGAAUAGAACCAAUUGACGAAGAAGCUGAAUUUGAUAUCGGUUUUGAGGUUAACGGCAGUGAGACCGAUGCUGCUGAUGAUGUUGAGGUUUCAAUCAAUGGUGGAACUGACACAACUGGCACACAAGAAGGUGAUGAAGCAGCUCCUGCAAACAAAGGAGGGCGAAAGAAAAGAAGGUUAACAUCUUCAGUUUGGAAUCAUUUUCAAAUUUUGCCCUAG